UUCUCCCUUUUCGUUUUCACAACUCAGCAGUCAUUUUCCCUUUGAAAAAUCCAUCGUCGAAUUUUCCUUCUUCUUCGUUACGAAGGAAUAACUACAAUUCUUUCACCGAGAAACCGCGUCACGUUUUUCAGAUCUCAAUCCCAAUUCCUCCCUAUAAAAUCUUCCCUCCACCUUCAUUUCUCAAUCGAAUCGAUAUCAGUAAGAAAAACAAAGUCGAAAAAGAUCCACCAUGGCCGGAACAUCCGAAGAUCCUAAACCCACUGAAUCUCAUCCCUCCCCUGCACCGCCGCCGUCGACGGAGGACGAAUCAAAGAAAUGGGGAACACACGUCAUGGGACCACCAGCAGCCCCCACCGAACAUCCGGAUAACCAGAAGGCAGCGUUCUGGAACGCCGCCUCUCAGCAGCAGAUUCACCACCAUCCGUACGUUCAGUACUCUCCGGUGGAUCAUCGGCCAAGUUCCAACCCGUUGGAGCCCGUGGUACACGCCUUCAAUUCCUGGAGCAACAAAGCAGAGACGUUCGCGCGUAACAUUUGGCACAAUCUGAGGACUGGGCAGUCGAUGUCGGAAGCGGCUUGGGGGAAAGUGAAUUUGACGGCGAAGGCUAUAACGGAAGGGGGAUUUGAGUCUUUGUUUAAGCAGACGUUCGCGACGGAGGUGAAUGAGAAAUUGAUGAAAAGCUUUGCUUGCUAUCUCUCCACCGCGACGGGUCCGGUGGCCGGAACCUUGUAUUUGUCGACGGUGCGUGUGGCGUUUUGUAGCGAUCGCCCACUUUACUUCACUGCCCCCUCUGGUCAACCGUCUUGGAGCUACUACAAGGUAAUGAUACCAUUGUCGCAUAUAGCGAUAGUGAAUCCGGUGACAAUGCCGGGGAACCCAUCGGCGAGGUACCUUCAGGUCACCACCGUGGAUGGCCAUGAAUUUUGGUUUAUGGGUUUCGUGAACUUCGAGAAGGCAACCCACAACCUCUUAAAAGCCGUCUCCGCUCAUAAUUCUCCUCCCUCCGCUGUCUGACGCCCAUGAUCUGUAACUUAUUACACCAUUUUCUCUUAUACAUUUUUUGUAAUAUAUAUAGUAUAGUAUAGUAUUCAGGUUUUUUUACUUUUUGUUUUUCCUAUGGCUUUCUUGUUUCACAUAUGUAUUUAUUUAUUUACCUUUGUUAGUUUUGUUGUCUUUUUCACUCUGAUUAUACUAUUUGGUAGAUAAUAAAUUAUGUACUGUUUACGUAUGUUGUAUCAGUUAUAUUUAUUUAUUGUUUUUAUUAAUCA